AUGUUAAAAUUCCCAAGAUUUGCGAAUGAUUUGCAGGAAGUUGAUGGACAACAGCAAACAUCGUCUUCCAAAAGUCCAUUUACGGACAGACAGAACUUUGUUAGACAAUUGUGUGACGCUUCAAUGUUGGCCGCAAACGUUUCCCAGCUCCGCGUUGUGUUGGACGGAGGUUCAGAGAACAGCUAUUAUAUUCCCUUAUUAUUGAUGAUCGGAUUUUCACUUUUAUUUCACAUCGGGUUUGGAUUUCUAAUGAUUCAUAGGUGGAGAAAGGAAAGAGAAGCUGAAAUGUCUCACAAAAAGUCCUCUAGUCAGCCAGGUACGCCAUCUUCAAGUGUUAGCGCCUUAUCAGAACAGGCAAAAGGAGUGACUUGUUUUUGCUCCUCAUGUUUGACAGUAGAGAGAUGUGACGAGAUCAGCAUGUUUAUCAUGCUUAUAAUCGUUGUUUUAAAUGUCUUUAUUGCAGGACUUGGGUUAUCAGGGCCAUCGAGAGGUGGAACUAAUUAG